AUGGCUCCCGCACCGACGGACCUUGCGGCUCGCAUCCUGCAUCCGCUAAUGGCCUGGAUUCGAGCGACACCCGUCUACAUCCUCAUUGUUUUUCUCGUCAUCUUCCUUCUCGCUGGGCUCUUGUCGCUCUUUGCCCUGCUGCACCUCGUUGCGCCCAAGCCCCGUGCGCCGUUCCCUUCGGAAAAGACAUACAUUACCAGCAGCCCGGAUGGAACCGCAACGACACCCCGCCCGCUGCCGUGCUGGUACGACCGCUGGCUCGCCGAGCGGCGGCUGAGCGAGACGACGCGGAACAGCAGCAGCGCCGGCGGCACCGACACGGACCCGACGACGAUUCCUGACGCGGGCGUCAUUGACCCGGCCGAGCUUCGUCUCAGCGUCGUGCUGCCCGCAUACAACGAAGAGGACCGCAUCCUGCCGACGCUCGAAGAAGCCGUCGCCUACCUCGACGAGCACAUUGGCCGUCCCGGAUCCACAACGUCGAGUCCCCGGAAGCAGCAGCAGCAGCACCACCGCCGCCGCCGCGCGACGUCCCAGACCGAGGGCCCCGCGUCGGGCUACGAGAUUAUCGUCGUCAACGACGGCAGCAGCGACAAGACGGUGGACGUGGCACUGCGGUUCGCGCACGAGAAGAAGCUGCACGACGUGCUGCGCGUCGUGAGCCUGGAGAGGAACCGCGGCAAGGGAGGCGGCGUGACGCACGGGUUGCGCCACGUGCGCGGGCACCAUGUGCUGUUUGCCGAUGCCGACGGCGCUACGCGCUUCAGCGACGUCGGGAAGCUGAUGGAGGGCUGCGACGAGGUCACGGACGCCUCGGGCCGGGGCGUGGCGAUUGGCAGUCGCGCGCAUCUCGUUGGCAGCGACGCAGUAGUCAAGCGCUCUGCCCUGCGCAACUUUCUCAUGCGCUCGUUCCACCUCGUCCUCACCAUUCUCACGCCGCCCGCGACGUCGCGCCUGCGCGACACGCAGUGCGGCUUCAAGCUCUUUUCGCGCGCCGCGCUGCCGCACAUUGUGCCCUACAUGCACGCCGAGGGCUGGAUCUUUGACAUUGAGAUGCUCAUGCUCGCCGAGUCGGCGCCCGCGAGCCCGCUGCGCGGCGCCGACGGCGGCGUCAUUGGCGCCAGCCCCGGCAUCAAGGUCGCCGAGGUGCCCGUCGAGUGGCACGAGGUUGGCGGGAGCAAGCUCCACGUUGUGCGGGACAGCGUCAAGAUGGCCGUCGGCCUGGCGGUGCUGCGCGCGAGCUGGAUGCUGGGUGUGUACAGGCGGCGGUUGACGUAG